AUGUCCAGCCAGCCCUCAGGCAGUCAAUCGACUCCCACUAAGCGUAGCGGUGGCGCUCAGAGCAUCCUCCCAGUGACUAUCAAGCAGCUGCAAUCGCUAAACGCAGGAGACGAUGACGCGGUGCGUCUGGACGGCCAAGAAGUGUCCACGGUGCGGCUCGUGGGGCUGCUCACCAACCUCACGCCGCAAUCUACGAGCCUGCGCUUCCAACUAGACGACGGCUCUGGAGCCUUCGACUGCCAAUACUUUGUCAACGCCGACGAAGACGCCAGUGAAGGCGACCUGCGAGAGGGCAGCUACGUGCGUGUGGUAGGCAAGCUGCGCUCCUUCCAGGGCAAGGCCAGUCUCUCCUGCUUCAAUGUAGUGCCCGUACAAGACAUGAACGAGCUGACGCAUCAUCUUCUGGAGGUGAUCUACGCUCACUGCUACAAUACAAAGGGCCCGCUCAACGACGGCAAGGCGGACGUCACGAUGACGUCGUUUAACACGCCUACAAAGGGAGCGAACCAGUGGAACCAGCCGAAUGCUGGCGCCACGGGAGGUUUCGGAGGAGGUGUGGACUACGGUAUGAUGGAUUCCAACUUCUCUCCCGAGCAAAAGGCCAUUCUGGACGUCCUGGGCACGUGCACCAGCGACCGCGGCAUCAAGAUCGACCAGAUAUACGCCGACUUGAACGGACAAAUGAAUGAGCAGCAACUGCGAAGUGCACUCAAUUAUCUCACUAGUGAGGGACACGUGUACUCGACUAUUGACGAGGACCACUUCAAGCGCACGGCGUAG